AAGUGUCAAAGUCAAAAUAAUAAAACUUGUUGUUUUAAUAGGUUAACAAUGCUUUUACCACUAUAAUAUCAAUAUCAUUGUGUUUAAAAUGUACCGGGUCUCAUAUCGAGUAUUUCGACGAAUACAAUAUGUGCGAACUUCAGUAGAUAAUCGACAACGACAACAUUGAGGACGGCUGCAUUUGUCUUUGGUGGCCAGUUUUCACCAGUGUGAUAUGAACAUGUCACUUGACGCAAUACAUGUAAAAAUGGAGAUUGAGGAGGACUAUGUGAAAAAGCAGCCUACUGAAGGGUUUGCAGAGGACUUCGAAAAGGAGUUCAAUGGAAAAGAUAUUGAAAGUUCAAAGGAGGAAGAAAUAGUGGAGGUGAAAGAUGAAGAAAAAUGUCCAAAUGAGGAGCUCACAACAGUCAAAGAGGUAGUAGAGAACAUUAAAAAGGAAGAUAGUGUAAUGGAAGUGGUUAAUGAUAGUUCAAGGGAGAAAGAUAAAGUGGAGGUAAAAGAUAAGGAACAAUGUCCAAAUGAGGAGCUCACAACUGUCAAAGAGGUAGUAGAGAACAUUAAAAAGGAAGAUAGUGUAAUGGAAGUGGUCAAUGAUAGUUCAAGGGAGGAAGAUAAAGUGGAGGUAAAAGAUAAGGAACAAUGUCCAAAUGAGGAGCUCACAACUGUCAAAGAGGUAGUAGAGAACAUUAAAAAGGAAGAUAGUGAGGAAGUGCUUAAUGAAAGAUCAAGAGCUGUAGAGGCAGAAGAUGAGUGUUCAAAUGAGGAGUCUGAAGCAGUAAAACAGUUAGUGAAUGACAUAAAAAAGGAGUAUGGUCUAAAAGAAGUGCCUAACGAAAGUGCAAGGGAUUUAGAAAAUAAGAAGAACUGUGCAAAUAAGGAGCGGUUUGUAAAAGAGCAGACAGACGGAAUUGCAGACUCGUGGGAUUUAUAUGAAGAUGUGCUCCGAGCUUUGAUGGACCCGGAGAAUUUGGUGAAGGAAGAGAUUGAGCCAGAAUCCAUGCUCCAGGCUAUGAUGGUCUCUGCUGUUCAAGAUUGCUGCAACAGGGCUUGCUCGGUGCGUCUGGAGCGCCUCAUCGUGAACGAAAGGCGGCGCAUGUGCCGCGUCGGGCGCCGCGUGUACAAGCUCGGCCCACCCGUCUAUACUUCAAAUGUAGGCAACUACCAGCUGCGACAUACCAGGCCAAAACACUAUUCCGACACAUACAAACUACCUACCACUUUCAAGCGACCUAAACUCAACAAAAUGUUAAAUAUUGCCGUAAAGUAUGAAUGCAAUGACUGUGGCAAGGGUUUCAAAAGUAAGUCUGUUUUAACAAAACAUAUGAACGCUCACUCGCAAUAUAUACGUAAUUCAGAAGGAAAAUUUGUCUGUGAUUUCUGCGGCUCUUUAUUCGAAAGUAAGUUACUUGUGUUAGACCAUGAGAAAAAUGAACACGGCGUUGUCAGUUUCAUGUGUUCGGAAUGUGAGUUUACGUCAGAAAACAAGAAAACUUUGCAAGCCCAUUUAAAUAGACACUCGGUAAAUGGGGUUUUUCAUUGCCGGAAAUGUAGUUACAAAACUUCACGUAUAGCCAGUUUCCGUUUACAUCAAAAAAUACACGGUAGUGAGAAACCUUACGCAUGUGACAAAUGCGAUUUUAAAUGCAGAUGGAAACAUACUUUGCAUAAACACCGGGUCGUGCACACGAAUGAGAAACCAUAUAGCUGCAACAUUUGUAACUACAAGGGUAAAAGAAAAGCAGACUUAAAAGGUCAUCGUAUUAUACACACCGGUGAGAAACGAUUUGAAUGUAGCGAUUGUGCGUAUAAAUCUUUUACAAAGAGUGACUUACGUAAACAUGUUAUGACCCACACUGGAGUGAAGCCCUAUGAAUGCAGCCACUGCGACUAUAAGGCUAGUCGCAAGUCAGUCUUGCGACUUCACCUAAUGGUACACUCCAGCGAUAAGCCUCUUAACUGUAAAAAAUGUAACUACAAGUGUAAAAGGAAAACAAACUUACUACAACACGAAUUGACGCACUUAAAUAAAAAUCCCUUUAAAUGUAGUCACUGUGAUUUCACGUGCAGGCAGAAAUCUAAAUUAAAAAUACACGAGAUGAAACACUCCGGUGACAAACCAUUUGAAUGUAGCCUUUGUAACUACAAAGGUUAUCGGAAACAAGAUUUACAAGUUCACGGAAGAAACCACAAGAAUGAUAAAGACGUAAAGCUCUUUAAAUGUAGCUACUGCGAUUACGUGACUACUACAAAAAGUUCCUUUCAAUAUCACGAAAUGAGGCACACUGGUGAAAAACCAUUUAAAUGCAAAAUUUGCGACUACAGAUGCAGCAGGAAAGCGGGUAUCAAAGAACAUCAGAAAGUACAUUCAGACGAAAAGCCUUUCAAGUGUACGUAUUGUGCUUAUGCGUCUAAAGUGAAGAAGUCUUUGAGAAUCCACCUAAUGAUACACACGGGUAAAAAACCUUAUGAAUGCGACUUUUGCGGUUACAAGAGUGCUAUACGAACAGAUAUGGAUAGACAUCUGCUGGUGCACACUGGGGAGAAACCCUUUCAGUGUAGUUUCUGUGAGUUCAGGUGUACGCGCAAAACUCAUUUGAAAAGUCACGAAAUGAGACACACUGGCGAGAAGCCUUAUCAAUGUGCCCUGUGUGAAUUUAGAUGUCGGCACAUAUCAGGUCUCCGAACUCAUGUUUUGCAACACACGGGAGAGAAAGCCUUCCGAUGCAACGAGUGCGGGCACAAAACUCGCUGGAAAAUGGACUUGCAAAUUCAUAUGAGGAUACACAACGGGGAGAAACCGUACGAAUGUGGCAUAUGUGGCUAUAGGGCGAAAAGGGCGGCAGACGUGAACAUUCAUAUGAAGACACACAAUACAUAUGACAAUGAAGAGGAUCCUUUAGAAGGCGUAGAGUAACAAAAACUAACAGUAAUUUAAAAAAAAUGUACUUGUAUUUUUAUUAUUUGAUAAAAUGAUAAAUUAACGUUGUUUUAAAGGCAUUAUGUCAUUGAGACUGUCACUUUUUAUCAGUUUUUUUGGACGUACAGUACCGGCCAAUAAUAUAUAUAUAUAUAUAUAUAUAUUUACCUUUGUGUGUCUCUGUAUGAACAUGUAUAGAGUAAACAAUAUAGGUGUAA